AUCGAAUAAUCCCAGAAUUCAAUCGACGUGAGAGGUGAAAACAAUUUCACGAAUCAAAUACUUGUUUAAGCGUGGGAAAACUGUGGCAGUUUCGGUUGCAGUAAUUUCACUCUAGUAGUCAUUGAACUUGAAAUACUGUUCCGAUGUGGUCAAUGGCUCAAGUGACGUUGACUGACUGUUGAAAUUAGCGAGCAAAGUUACGGGCAAGUGAUUGGCUACAACAAAGGAGAAAUGAAACAACAAGAAAAGCACGAUGACGAUGAUAAGAAGAAGCAAGAACCGUUCAUCGCUCCGGAUGGGGGUUGGGGUUGGAUUGUGGUCCUUGGAGCAGGAUUCGCCAAUUUCUGCAUAUUCCCGGUCCUCCAGUCCUUCGGUAUCAUAUUCCGUGACAAAUUCGAAGAUCUUGGAAUUACCUCCGCGCAGACGACCACCAUUAUCAAUACGAACAGUGCGGUGACUGCAUGCAUAGGUUUGGCCAAUGGACCCCUCUUCAGAAGAUUCAGUUACAGACAAGUAUCACUCGCCGGAGCUCUGAUCUGUGCAAUAUGCGUGACUACCUUGUCCACCAUGAAGACCUUUACUGGCAUUUUAAUAUUUUUCUCCAUUCUUUUCGGUGCGGGUACCGGAAUUUCAUCCUCAGCAAACUCGUUGGCUUUGAAUACCUACUUCAAGAAAAAAAGAAGAAUUGCAACGGGUCUGAGCUGGACGUGUACUGGUCUAGGCCCAAUUAUCAUGCCUCAGAUCAUCACUCCGCUUUUGCCGAUUUUUGGAGUGGCAGGAACUGUACUAAUUUUUGGCGGUUUUGCGUUCAACGCUGUUCCCUGCGCCCUUCUACUGCAGCCAGUUUCGUGGCAUAUAAAGAAAAAGAAGGCCAUCGAUCGACCGGAAAUUGACGAAGCUGAUGAAAGUGGAGAAGGACUUCUGAACGAAUCGCAGUACAAAUCUUUGGAUAAUGUUAAUGGAAGUACAAAAUUGGCCAGCGAGAAUCGGUUCAGCGAAAAAUUCAGCAGUCAGUACCUUUACUACGAUGACGAGGAACACGGUGCUUCUGGAAUCGACGUCUUCAACCCCGGAACACCGAUGAUGUCAAGAGCAAACGAUGGAUGGUAUUCCAGACAGUCAAUCGCAGCUUCGAACAACUCUUUGGCUUCGAAUAAAAUAUCAAAUAGAGAGAACUCUCAGAAAAAUUUGAGCAGAUACUCGUCAGUAAGUUUAAGCAGACAUUCAAGCUGCAAAGCACUGAGCAGGCAAAACAGCGAGAGCGAAUCGCGAAGCAACCUUUCUGAAAAGCUGCCGAAACGAAAACUCUCGAAUCUACCAUCGGCGAUCAAUUCCCCGUUGGUUAUGGUGAGCGAGUCCUGUGAACACAUGGACGAAGGUUGUAACAAAGAAAAAUGCAACAACGAGGAGUGCGUUAAAAGGAGGUUGGCUCAAGUCUUCGAAACGGCGCGUAAGAAUCAAGUCGCUGAAACCGAGGACGAAUGCAAACCGAGUCAAUACGACCCCAGAGCACCAUGGUACAAGCGGUUCUUCAAAAUGGUAGUUAUCUUCUUCGAUCUUGACCUACUGAAGGAUCUGAGCUACGUGAACUUGAUGAUGGGCGUGACGUUUGCGAACUUUGCAGAGAUCAAUUUUUCCCUGUUAACACCGUUCAUCUUAGCUGAGUACGGUCUUGACCCAACGGAAAGGGCAAUGGCCAUGUCAAUUCUGGCUGGCGUCGACGUUGCAACCAGAUUGUUGAUACCGUUUGUCGCCGGUUACAUCGGAUGGCAAAACAAGUUCUUUUUCAUCUUCGGUGUCUGCCUAAUGGCAGUUGGUCGUGCCGUUCUCGCCCAUAUGCACAGCUACUCGAUGAUGAUGUUCCUGUCCGUGUGGAUCGGGGUGGGAAAAGGAUUCAAGACCAUAUUUAUGGCUCUAGUUAUUCCGACGCAUGUGACUCUCGAUCGUCUGCCAGGAGCUACUGGCCUGCAACUCAUCUUCAGUGGCAUCAUGUUCCUAAUCUUAGGUCCAGUUGUUGGCUGGGUUCGUGACACGACCGGCGAUUAUACCCUGAUGCUACAUUUUCUAAAUUUCUUUACGUUCAUGACGUCGAUAUCUUGGAUUACCGAAAAAUGGGUGACCAUAUGGCGGCAGAGGAAGAGGACCGUUGAAAAAGAGUGCACCGGAGACGUUGAGAAGUUUCAAUUAGAAGCUUGUGUUGAGCUAGUAGUCACUGUUACAGAUCAUGACGCGACUGUGAAGGCCAGAAGAAACGAACCGAUUAGAUUAGCCGAAAGCUUAUCUCUUGUAUCGGGACAGUAUGUGAACACGAAAAAUAAAGCAUUUCCCGUAAAAAGGAUCGUCGUUAUUCACGGUUGGAUUUUUGUGACUACUAAAAUUAAACAAAGUGAAGGCAUCAUGUCGAAAAAACUUGUUCCACCGGACGGAGGCUGGGGAUGGCUGAUCGUUGUAGCUUACGCUAUAAACGGGAUCUGUACAAUUCCUGUAAUGCAAGGAUUCGGGCUGCUUUUCAGAGGCACUUGCGCGGACCUGGGCAUGUCGGGAACAGACAUUUCUAUUAUUUUGAAUGUCAACUCCGCUUGUGGGAUGGCCUUGGGCCUUGCUAAUGGUCCACUGCUUCGUUACUUCGGAUGCAGAAGGGUCGCACUAUGUGCAGCCAUAUUCUACUCAUUGGGACUAACGCUCUGCGCCUGGGCAAACUCGUUUAUUUACUUCAUCAUAACCUACGGCGUUGUGUGCUCUAUCAGCACCUCCGUAAUGAAUUCGGCAUUUUCUCUUUCUCUAAACUCAUACUUCAUGAAAAAAAGAGGCCGAGCUGUGGCCUUGGCGAUGACUCUGAAUGGACUGGGCCCAAUUGUAGUGCCCCAGUUGAUAUCGGUGCUGCUGACGAAAUACGAUGUUACGGGAACAACUUUUAUCUUGGGUGGCUUGGUUCUUCACGUGGUGGUAGCAGCUCUUCUUCUGCAGCCAAUACAAUGGCAUCUGAUCGAAGACACCGAGGAAUCUGACCCGGAAGCGGUCCCGAAGCUCGCCGAAACUGAGGAAAAAGACAGAAAUGACAGCGAGAACUGCAAGAGCAGAUCUAUCGAGGACAUAGUAGUAACCGAACGAAAACGCGUACUAACCAUGUCCAGCGUUGAUCACGAAAUUGAUUCCGGUAGUCUCUACGGUUUUGAAACCCUAGUGCCAAGAAAGACGUCAAUAACUUACACGGUGAAUCCAGCCAAAAGAACAUAUAGAAGAAGUGUCAGCCAGGUAGACAGUUCAUCAACUGCCGCUACGCCUGUGGAACGUUCCGAUCCUACAUACAAGUGGUGGAGCUCUGGGAAAAGUUUGGACACAAUUAAUCUGGGUAGUAGCAUAAAGAUAUUCGAAGGAGGAAAAGACGAUGAACGAAGAGCUAGUGAGGCCCAAGCCCUGAUGCAAAAGAAGAAGGUAGAAACUGUUCACGAGGAGGAGGAUGAUGUCGAGGACGAUGAUCAGCAAACAAACCCGAAAGAGAAAGAUAUCAAAAAAGAAAAGUCGAGAAUAAGUCGCAUGCUGCAUGCGGUGGUCGUUUUCUUCGAUUUCGAUCUUCUUCGCGAUCCUGUCUACGUAAGCUUAAUGCUUGGCAUGUCAAUAGCGGUAUUUGCCGAAUUGAACUUUUCAAUUCUGACACCUUUCAUCCUGAGCGACAUGAGCUUCGACACGGAACAGAUUGCUACGGUGAUGAGCUGCAUAGCAGUUACAGAUCUGAUCUUCAGAGCGCUAGCCCCAUUCAUUGGAGAGUUUCUCAAUCAAACACCUAGGGUUAUGUAUCUUCUCAGUCUAAUUACACUGAUCAUCACGAGACUGAGUCUUUUCUUAGCUAGCGGUUUCCGAAGUGUUGUAAUAAUUGGAUUUGGUCUCGGCGUUGCAAAGGGGGUUCGAUCCGUUUACAUGUCAUUGACACUAGCCAGUUACGUGCCAAUACAAAAACUCGCUUCAGCUACCGGGAUCCAAAUGGUAACCAACGGAAUCAUACUUUUGAUCCUUGGUCCCUUGCUCGGUCUUUUGAGGGACAAAACUGGAAACUACGAUUUGUGCUUGCUGUUCAUAAACGGGAUAACUUUUAUCACCGUGAUGAUGUGGACGUUGGAAAUAAUCAUACGUAAGAUAAUUGCUAGACGAUCAAAAAAUGCUGAAAAUAAUGAGGAAGCAAUCACAUCGUAGAAGACGAAAGCAGAAUUAUCAACUCAGACUUUUUUCACUGUUGAACAGAGCCACGGUUCACUGCACAUGCAUCGGUAAUCAUCAGAGUAACGAAUAAAAUCUUCUCUAAGGUACUCACGGACUCCCACUUACUCACCUGAACCUUAUAAGCGACGAACCAACAAAAAAAAAGACGAAAUAAAACUUAAUCUUAGGUUUUACAGGUGCUUCAGACAUUUUUUCACCACUUUUUUCGCAUACUAUUAUGGUCCCCGUGAUUUUUAUCUCAGGUUUCGUAGGCCGUCGAAUUACACGCAGAGAAUCUCACUGGUGGUGGAGAGGAAGGAAAGACAAUGUCUGUUUUUCUCAUCGACUUCCGGCUUGGAGUUCUCAUGAUAUUAAGUGCCUAAUGCUACUAAAGAACAAUCCUCGAUCUCACUUCCUCUCGUCGCUAACGUGGCUCAGAAUGA